CGCUCAAGCUCUCUCUCAGGAGACUGUCUGAGGUAGGAGGAGGAGAGAGCCGGCGCUGGCGGGCGGUGAGCUGGGGCUCGGUGCUCGCUCCUGGCGGCCUGGAGGCGGUGCGUCCCGCGGCGGCUGCAGGAGGCCGAGCUCUUCCUGGGCCGCUUCGGCGAGGCUCCUUCCAGCGGCUCGAGCACGCUGGUUCUCUGUGGCGCCCACCCGGAUUCGAACCUCGGUGCCCUCCCGGGUCGGGGCUUCACGCCGAGACUCGCAAGGCCAUGCCACCUGCUGGGAAGGUGCCCCGGAAGGAGAACCUGGGGCUCCAGUGUGAGUGGGGGUCCUGCUCCUCUGUGUGCUCAGCCAUGGAGGAAUUCUGCGAGCAUGUCACUCAGCACCUGCAACAGCACCUGCAUGGUUCCAGGGAGGAGGAAGAGGAGGAUGACCCGCUUGGGGAAGAAUUCUCCUGCUUGUGGCAGGAGUGCGGCUUUUGCUCUCUGGACAGUUCUGCUGAUCUCAUCCGCCACGUCUACUUCCACUGCUACCACACCAAGCUGAAGCAGUGGGGGCUGCAGGCCUUGCAAAGCCAGGCAGAUCUCAGCCCCUGCAUCUUGGACUUCCAGAGCCGGAACAUCAUCCCUGACAUCCCUGACCACUUCCUGUGUCUGUGGGAGUACUGUGAGAGCACCUUUGACAACCCUGAGUGGUUCUAUCGGCACGUGGAAGCGCACAGCCUGUGCUAUGAAUACAAAGCAGUUGGCAAGGACAACCAUGUGGUGCUGUGUGGCUGGAAAGGCUGCACCUGCACCUUCAAAGACCGCUGUAAGCUUCGAGAACACCUCCGCAGCCACACCCAGGAGAAGGUGGUAGCCUGUCCCACCUGCGGGGGCAUGUUUGCCAACAACACCAAGUUCUUGGAUCACAUCCGCCGCCAGACCUCCCUGGAUCAGCAGCGCUUCCAGUGCUCUCACUGUUCCAAGAGGUUUGCCACAGAGCGGCUCUUGCGGGACCAUAUGCGCAACCAUGUGAAUCACUAUAAGUGCCCCCUGUGUGACAUGACCUGCCCGCUGCCUUCCUCCCUCCGCAAUCACAUGCGCUUCCGCCACAGUGAGGACCGUCCCUUUAAAUGUGACUGUUGCGACUACAGCUGUAAGAAUCUGAUCGACCUCCGGAAACACCUGGAAACGCACAGCAAGGAGCCAGCCUACAGGUGUGAUUUCGAGAGCUGCACCUUCAGUGCCCGGUCCCUCUGCUCCGUCAAGUCCCAUUACCGCAAAGUGCACGAGGGGGACUCGGAGCCGAGGUACAAAUGUCAUGUGUGUGACAAGUGCUUCACACGGGGCAACAGCCUCACCGUGCACCUUCGCCAGAAGCAUCAGUUCAAGUGGCCCUCGGGGCACCCCCGUUUUCGGUACAAGGAGCAUGAAGACGGCUACAUGCGGCUGCAGCUGGUUCGCUACGAGAGUGUAGAGCUGACUCAGCAGCUGCUGCAGCAGCCCCCAGAGGGGUCCGGCCUGGGAUCAGCACUGAAUGAGAGCAGCCUACAGGGCCUCAUCCUAGAAACGGUGACAGAGGAGCCAGGAUCUAAGGAAGAGGCGGAAGAGGAGGAGGAGAGCAGGGGUGGUGAGGGGACAGCCCACUCAGCCUCUCAGAACAACCCCAGCCCUGUCAUCCACAUGGUGAAUCAGACCAACACCCAAGGCCAGCGAGAGAUUGUCUACUAUGUGCUGGCUGAAGCCCCCGGGGAGCCCCCGCCAGCUCCGGAGCUGCCCUCAGGAGGCAUCAUGGAGAAGCUUCCAGAACUUGCUGAGGAGCCAGAGGUCCACACUGUGUGAAGCUGCAGAGCCUGGCCACUUCUGCCCCGGCCCCGGAGUUUGAGCUGGGGGUGCAGUGCCCCAGGGGGCGGCUCUUGCAGCUGGAUACCUUAGGAGUGAUGUGGAGAGCAGUGCGCACUGCUCUUCCUGGGCUUGCAUGGUUCUGCGGGCUCUCAGGACUUCCCUUUCUGCCAGACUGCAAUUUCUGGGGGUCCUUAGCUACCUGGGUUCUCUGAAGGGAUCCUGGCUGUAUGUGUUCUUGGUAAGGGGCUGUGAUCAGGCUUAACCGUUACUCUGUAGACGUGCUAGACCAUGCUGAAUUCCUUACUCAGCUUACGUCCAUUUCCAUGCCACACCCCCUAUAAGGGCUUUUCGUUGCCAUCAGCCAAGGUAUUAGGAACCAGGCAUCCAUUUCUCUUAGGGGUUCCUACAACAGCAAGGGCUCUACGGUUAUCCUCAGGGACGGGCUUGGAGGUACUGAAUGUGUGUAGUAGUUGUUUUUUUAUAAUAAACACUUGGACUGGAA